GCUGAGAAGAUAGGGGGUUCUUUCACGGCAGACAUAGAAACUUCCAGUUCAUUCACAUAGUUUAAGUUGAGAAUUUGAAGCCCUGAACUCAUCUUUUUCUUUAUCCAUUUGGGCAGCAAAUUAGGAGAAACCAGCCAAUCUUGUUAUAUGUAAAUGUUCUAAAGUAUCAAAUACAUGAUCACUCAGACCUUGCCUUUUAUAAGUAUUUGAGUAGGAUUAUCCAGUUGUGACAUUUUCGCAUAUCUCUAUUGUUACUUCAUGCCAUGGACUAUCAGUGUGCCCUCUAGCACUAGAAAUAUAGUCAUUAGUGCUUUUAAAUCUAACUAGAUUAGAUGACCAAUUCCAGAAAACCCCGAAACAAUUCUGAAAAUUUAUCCUUAAGCUUCUGUUUCUUGAGGACCACUUAUGGUACCAAAUCUGUAUCAGUCAGGGUUCCACCAGAGAAACGUAAUGAGUAGAAAGUAUGGAAAGUAUGUAUAUUUAUGUGUGUAUGUACGUGUGUGUGUGUUAUUUCAAGGAAUUGAUUAUUGCAAUUGUGGAAGCUGUUAAGUUUGAAAUUUUUAGGGUGGACUUGUAGUCUGCAAACUCUUGGGCAGAAACUAAUGCAACUAAUGCUGCAGCCUUAAAGAGAAUUUUUUUUCUUACUCCGGAAAUCCUCACUUUUUCUCUUAAGGCCUUUCAGCCGAUUGAGUGAGGCCCAUCUUCUUUAUUGAGAAUAAUCUCCUUUAUUUAAAAUCAACUGAUUGUAGUUAUUAAUCACAUACAAAAUACCUUCACAGCAAUGUUUAAAUUAGUGUUUGAUUGAAUGAUUGAAUACUAUACUCUAGCCAACUUGACACAUAAAACUAGCUAUCACAGGAGGAUACACAUUUUUUUAGGUGAACACAGAAUAUUUAUCAAGGUAGACCAUUAAAUGAGCUGUAAAAUAAAUCACAAUAAAUUUAAAUUUAUCUAAGUAAUUAUUUUUAAAAGGCUUUCUGUUAUUGAGACCAGCAAAUGAUCUCAUGGUUUCCUGUUUCUUUGUCAUUUUUUACCUUGAGAGGUUUCCCUUACCGUUUUUUGUUUUUUGUUUUUUUGUUUUUUGCAAAUUCAGCCAUGCAUUUGAAACAGGAAUUGUUCUAGUUCAUCCAGUACUUCUAAGUUUUUUAUUUGAAGUGGGGGAGGUUGUCUAUCAUUUCUAUAAUAGUUCUGGAAAUGGAACUUUACUCCUGGGCCCUGCAUUGAACUCUUCCACUGAUUAGAAGUGGAUGUGGCUGGCAAAAGACUGGUACAGACUGAUCUGUUACAAUAACAUUGAAUGAAUCAUUUAUUCAUAACUACAAAAGAAAUGUCAAAAUCCUGACAUACGUGCAUUUAUCUAGUUAUGGUCUCACUGCUGAUUUCUUUUAUGUAGAGGUUUUUUUGGUGUGAUUAUUAAUUAAUUUAAGGAAUUGAAAUGUUGUUUUCUGUGAUCAUCUUAUAUGAAAUCAGUGGAUUCUAGUCCAUUUCAGUAAACAAAAGUUCUUAAUUUUCUCCAUAUUUCUUCUUUAAAUAUUUUCUAGCCUCAGAUAAUAAUUCCUGUCUGAUGACACAACUGGAAAUACAAAGUUAGAGAAUACGUCUUAAUGAAGCUUCAAGUAGUUCAUGUAUGGGUGGAAAGCAGAUGACACAGAACUAUUCAACAAUUUUUGCAGAAGGUAACAUCUCACAGCCUGUACUGAUGGAUACAAAUGCUGUGCUUUGUUGCACUCCUAUCGCAUUAAGAAAUUUGAUCAUAAUAACAUGGGAAAUAAUCCUGAGAGGCCAGCCUUCCUGCACAAAAGCCUACAAGAAAGAAACAAAUGAGACCAAGGAAACCAACUGUACUGCUGAGAGAAUAACCUGGGUCUCUAGACCUGAUCAGAAUUCGGACCUUCAGAUUCGUCCGGUGGACACCACUCAUGACGGGUAUUACAGAGGCAUAGUGGUAACACCUGAUGGGAAUUUCCAUCGUGGAUAUCACCUCCAAGUGUUAGUUACACCCGAAGUGACCCUAUUUCAAAGCUGGAAUAGAACUGCAGUAUGCAAGGCAGUUACAGGGAAGCCAGCUGCCCAGAUCUCCUGGAUCCCAGAGGGAUCUAUUCUUGCCACUAAGCAAGAAUACUGGGGCAAUGGCACAGUGACGGUUAAGAGUACAUGCCCCUGGGAGGGCCACAAGUCUACUGUGACCUGCCAUGUCUCCCAUUUGACUGGCAACAAGAGUCUGUCCGUAAAGGUGAAUUCAGGUCUCAGAACCUCAGGAUCUCCAGCGUUGUCCUUACUAAUCAUUCUUUAUGUGAAACUCUCUCUUUUUGUGGUCAUUCUGGUCACCACAGGAUUUGUUUUCUUCCAGAGGAUAAAUCAUGUCAGAAAAGUUCUUUAAAGAAGAAGGAAGGGUCUUCUUUUGCUUCUCCUCCUUGUCUCUGGACUGCAACAUUGGUGAGAUGAGUGAUGGUCCAGCAGUGAACUUGGGCCAUGGAUGAUGUUAAGGAUAGAAGCCACUCAGUAGGAUAGAAGAAAAGAAAGAUGGAAGAAGGAUCCUGGGCUUGAUGACCAUGAAGUUUCCCUAUAAACCCUCAACCACCUAUUCAUUGACUUCUUUUGUGUUAGAGUGAAUAAAAUUUUGUUCAUGCCA